AACCUGAGUUUUUUCGGGGAAGCUUUCGAAUAUUAUGCCAUCUAAAAGGUUCUUCGAUGCCGGUGUAUUUUAAUUAUAGAUGAAAAGUCGAGUCAUGAGUAUUGAUAAUCGCUCUGUUUGCAAUAUUGUGACAUUAAAAAUUUCACUGCUGAUAAUUUUUGGUGCCGUAAAUUGAAAUACCUAAGUUAAAUUUUUGUCCCUCGGGAUUUGUCUAUAAAAUAUUGUUUUGUGAUAAUGUGAUCCUUUCUGACAUACAAAGCUUCUAAAAACAGAAGAUUGUAUAUUAUUUAAUUGUUUUCUAAGAUUGAAUGAUAAUUGAGAGGGGGAUUGUUUGUCAAAGUUAAUAUUUUACGUUUAUCGACUACAACACGACUUUGAGCUAGUAGUUGGAGCUACAGCCGCUUUUUGGUGCUACCAACUAUACCACUAGGUAGAUAAAUAUGGCUAGAAACAAAGAUGGUGGUAAACCAACAGUAGUGGGAGUGGUGAGACCAUUUCUGGCAUUAUUUUUUGCGGAACUUAUUGGAACUAUGAUUUUAAUGUUUGUAGGAUGCGCCAGUUGUAUCAGUUUCAAUGAAGAUCCUGCGGUACCACAUCAUAUAAAAUCACUAGGAUUUGGAUUUGCAGUGCAUGUGGCUAUACAGGUUGUAGGACACAUUACAGCGUGUCACAUCAAUCCGGCAGUCAGUAUUACAAGUUUACUUUUACGAAAAAUCAAUAUAAUUCAGUUUGUGGUUUAUCUCUUGGCCCAAUUCCUGGGAGCAGUUUUAGGAUUUGGACUGUUGAAGGUUCUCUUUCCAGAAGAUUACGUCCAGAAUGGUUUCUGCAUGACGAAGGUGGGAGGGGGUGCAACUUUAACUCAGGGAUUUUUUAUAGAGCUUGUCAUCACCUGCAUCUUAUGUUUCGUUCUUUGUUCAGUGUGGGAUGAUAGGAAUGCCCAAUGGGGAGACUCAACGCCACUCAGAUUUGCCAUAAUUGUAGGAGUUUUAUCUAUUAUAGGCGGUCCUCUUACUGGCGCAAGUAUGAACACUGCCAGAUCUUUCGCGCCAGCAGUAUUUGGAAAUAAAUCAGAUUGGGAAGAUCAAUGGGUUUACUGGACUGCUCCAAAUAUAUCGCCGUUUAUAUCAGUAGGUUUCUACAAAUUAUUUUUUUCUGAAACAAAGGCUAAGAAUCGAAGUGAAGAAUACUCUAAUGCGAUCAAUAGUUGAACCAGCUACCUCUCAGAAUGUUUUUGUAUGAAAAUACAAUUUUUUUCCUAUAUUAUGUUGUUAUAAACAAAAUGUACCUGUGAAUAUAUAUUUAUCGUUACCAA